AUGGCAUCCAUGGCGCCCCUCGCACCUGUGGCACCAGUGGCAACGGCGGAUGCCGGCAUUCUCGUGUUGAAGGUGGGCACAUCCACCAUUAUGACCUCGGACCAGCGAGGGCAGCGCGUGAACGUGGCCAACUUGUCGCGUUUGGUGGAGGUCAUCUCUGACCUGGGCCACAAGGGCUACAAGGUGGUGCUGGUCUCGUCGGGGGCGGUGGGCAUGGGCUGCCGGGAGCUAGGCCUCGACCAGAAACCCACGGAGCCCAAGAUGAAGCGCGCGGUGGCGGGGGUGGGCCAGAGCCGCAUCCUGCGGAUCUACUCCGAGCUCUUUGAGACGGUGGGGCUGCGCAUCGCGCAGCUUCUGGUGAGCCAGCGGGACUUUGUGGAGCAGCCGCGCUGGGCGGAGAUCCGGCACACCAUCGAGGCGUGCCUGCAGGCCGGGGUGGUGCCCGUGAUCAACGAGAACGACACCACCAACACGGACGGCAUGCGCUUCGGCGACAACGACAACCUGGCGGCGCUGACGGCGGUCCAGCUGGAAGCGCAGGGGGUGUUCCUCUUCACCGAUGUGGACUACCUCUACACCGCGAACCCCAAUGUCGACCCGAGCGCGGAGCCCAUGAAGGUGGUGAGCGAGGCCUUUGAGUUGAGGGUGGACACCCGGGAGCCGGGCUCCUCGCUGGGCACGGGCGGCAUGUCCACGAAGAUCGCCGCCGCGCGGACCGCGCACUGCGCCGGCAUCCCCUGCGGCAUCUUGCACGGCAAGCACCCCGAGCGCAUCUACAGCUUCCUGGCGCGGCUGGACGAGGAGUCCACGCAGUGCCCCAAGUCCUCGCCUUCCCGGGCCUCCAGUCGGCCCAGGGCCGCCACGUCCGAGGACUCCCUGAGCGAGGCCGAGUCCGUAGAGCCGCAAGGGACCCUCUUCGCGGCGCCAGAGGAGGGCGACGUCACAGACGAGGACCGCUGGAUUCUCAGCUUGCCCGUGGUGGGCCACGUGUCGCUGCAGCGGGUUUCGGGCGACCUGGGCCACCUGCGCAAGGCCAUUGGGCGAGCGGUUGCGGACAAGCUGGAUUCCAUGAAGAGCUUGUCGGGUUCCGGACACCACGGAGGGGUGCGGGUGUACCACAAGGACACGGAACUUGCUCGCCUCAGGGUGAUCUUUGACGAGGAAGGUACUUGCAGCUUGCCAAGUGGCUUCGAGCAGAGCAUGGUCCUGACACCCGCAGUGGAGUGCCAGUGCUAA